UCCAGAGCCGUAAAAGCAGUUAAAAAAAUGUGGGUGGUGUACAAUAUUAUCUAUGCUGUGAAAUUUUGAUUUGACGUGAUUCGAAAAAUAUUUUUUUCGAGUUCGUACCUACUUCGCCCUAAUUUGAUAAAGUUUUUUUAUGUGGAACGUGAAGUGAAAUCGUACAUGUUGUGCACAAACAAAUUAGAAUAAUAAUGUGAUAAUGUGAUUGUAUUAAAAUAUAUCGUUAAAAAUGGAGACUACAACAAACCAAAAGGUAUCCUGUAUAGUUAACUAUUCAUAUGAUGCAUCAGAGACAGACGAGUUGACAAUAAGACCUGGGGAUAUUUUGCGAGACGUAGAACGCCUGCCAGGCGGGUGGUGGAAAGGAGAGCUGCGUGGUCGCCGUGGAAUGUUUCCUGACAAUUUUGUUUCUGUUCUAACUGAACAGAAUAAUGCACGGCCGGGCGGGGUGCAGGGGCGCUGUCGAGCUGUCUUCAGCUAUCAGCCAGCCAAUCCUGAUGAGCUGCCCUUGUCUGUUGGUGACGUACUUGAAGUUCUUGGAGAGGUAGAGGAGGGCUGGUGGCAGGGGCGGCGCGGCGCGCGCGUUGGCGUGUUCCCCUCCAACUUCGUGGUGAUGCUGGAGCCGCCGCCCGCGCAGCCCGCGCCCGCCGAGCCGGCGCCCGCGCUGCCGCCCAAGCCAGUUAAGGAGCAAUGCCGCGUGUUGUUCCCAUACGCCGCGGUCAACGAUGACGAGCUGACGCUGGUGGAGGGCGAGAUCGUGAACAUUGUGUCCAAGGACGCGCCGGACCGCGGCUGGUGGAAGGGCGAGCUGCACGGCCGAGUCGGCCUGUUCCCGGACAACUUCGUCCAGCUAUUGCCGGCCGUAACUCAAGAGGUGGAAGAAAAGAAACCCGAGCGGCCGCCAGGGAAGAACGCGAAUACCACCCCACUUUACCCCAUUCUAAACAAAUACACCGAAAAAACUGCCUCCGUUAAAGACUUGAUCACGUCUAAAAUAAGCAUGCACAAAGAAAAUACAUUGAGCAAAGAAAGCAGCAUACAAAGUACAAUCACGCACACGAAUAAAAGUGAGUCGGAGAAACUAAUACACAAUGAGACUGUGGCAGAUGGAACACUCGAUGGACAAGUGAAGAAACCUCCAGUGCCAUUGAAAAAGAGCCCGACCCCGGCUUCGAGCGUCGGCGGUUUGUUCAGCGGACUCAAAAAUAAAAUGCUGUCCUCGUCAGAGAAGACCGAAAAGUCUUCAACAACGGUAUCAACGGUGUCGAGCGGGAGCAGUAGUAGCGGGGAGUGGGACCGCACGGAUGGUGUGACGUCAAGCAAGCCCAGCCCCAGCGCCACUGCCAAUACCAACGCCAACGUUGGCGCGAAUAACGCCGCCAACACGUUCGACCAUGUCGAGAGGAAUUCCAUACUUAAUGAUCCGAGAGCCGGCAGAGUGAAGGCGCCCCGACGGCGACCGCCUAGUCAAGUCCUGCGCGACGACACGCCGCAACUGAUCGGACUGACUAACGGACAUGAAGUGCCAAAGGAAAAACCAACAUCUUCAGAAAAAGCGGAAGAAAUCAGACCUCGUACACGAGAAUGGGAAAAAAACAAAGCGCCGUGGAUGGAGGAACUUAAACUGAAUCAGGCAAAGAAAACCAGCUUUGGGUCCGAAGGGAAAUCACGGUCCGCUUCUACUUCGUCCGAAGCGAGUGGAGUUGCGAGCAAGGCGGGCGGAGGAAGCACAGAUAGGAUAUUGGAUUGCGGUUUGGAGGAAAAACGGUCGAGUCACUCGAUGGAAAUGUCGAAGAGCACUUCAUCCAUCAGCAACCGAAUAUCUGUUUUGGAAAGCCUAGAGUCUAGUUUAGAGUCAAAAACUCGACAGUCAGGAGAUCUGAAAAAUCCUCCCGAGCGCCCUCCAGACCUGCCGACCAGCAGACCACCGCCGCUACAGUCUCCCACCGCUGCAGGUCGAACGUUAACCGCGAUGUUAGACGACAUAAAGAAACCACCCGCGCCCUCUCCACCGACCGCGUUCACGCGGACGACCAACGAAACCACCGACAAGUCGCCCAGUAGACCCGACAAGCUGACGCCCAUCGAUAAACAUGAAAUUAGCUCGAUAAGCAAGUUCUCGAGUAUAAUCGAGAAAUCGAGUAGCAGUAACAUCGAGAAAUCGGAAGAGAAGUCGAUCAGUUCAGGGACGCUGGAGAGGCGGCUACAGUCGCUGAAGGCGGACAAACCUGCCGAGCUGCCCGAUCGAGGCUCGGAGGCGUUAAUCGCACAGCUGAAUAACAGAAUAUUAAACUUAGAGAAGCUAUUAGAGGUACAAAACGCUAAAUUCAACGCUGCCAUUGAAGACCUAACCGACAAGCUCAAGCAGGAGUCUGACAAACGUCACGCGCUGCAGAUGGAAAUCGAGAAACUUGCACAUUGUGUGACGCAAGUCUAAUGUUUUCAUUGAAUGUUUUUGGCUUUGACAAGUGUAGCAUACGGUUGCGCACAUAAAACAGGAUAUAGAAAUCUAUGAACUGAAAUUCCUAAGGAAGCGGGUAUAGAGUGUGACAUUCAGCAUGUACAUACGUCGUCGAUAGACGUCCAAUGCUGGACAUAGGUCUCUUGUAGGGACUUCCCACACGUUGCUGUUUUCCGUCCGGAUCAAACAGCUCCCUGCUACUCGUUCGAUGUCGUCCGUCCACCUAGUGGAGGAUCUGCGACCGAGAUCGUCAUUCCAGCGCUUUUGUUCAAGACAUUUAUCGGGCACUGAACGUUUUAAGUUGAUAAGUAUUUCAGUUACACUAAGGCCGAAAGAAUAUAUGCGCAGUGUCGUAGCGAAGAAUGUGAUGAUGAUAUUUCCAUUACGUAGUAUACAAAUUUAUGUGACGCAAAACGAAAAGGUUGCGCGGUGCGUCGCCGCUAGUAUUUGCAAGGAAUUUGUUCCUCUUUAAUAUGUACUAAUGUACAUAUAUGUGUAAAAUAAAUAUGAUUGGAGAUUACAUAGCAGAGAUUAAUUAAUAUACAUUGUAACAUUUUAGGAAAGAUGCGUCGACACUCUUGAGAAUAUAUACCUACGAGCACGUUCAAACUUAGGCUGUCUGUGCACUUUGAAAUAUUUGCAAACUUUGCACAUUAACGAAAUUGUAUCAGGGCAGAUAUGCACCAAAACUCGGUAACAUUGUCUCAGAUUUAUAGAUGGUACUUUGACUUGCUCAAACUCAAGAAAGAAUUAAAAUGAGACAGAGUUAUGUAUCUGACAUAAAUCUGUCUCGUUUCAACUCUAAGGAAAGUCAAAGUACGCUCUAUAGAUGUUAACCUAAUUCUGAAACGUUUGAAAUAAUCGUGGGGUGCAUCACUAGGCCGAAAACACCGCCACCUGAUUUGAGUCUACCCUCUACACACCUCAAGUGGUGAAUGUUCGGGAGAGCAUUUUGAUAGUACCAUUUCGGUCUUCUUAUUUAAGUGAGACUAUUAUUACUACCUAUUCACGCUGGCGUGAGGAUUUACACAGUACUAUAAUUAUAGUGCAUACAUUUUGAGAACGUACUCACCAUAUUUACUAGUAUGUGUCAACUUUCAUGUCGAAAAUACGAUUUUAGUCCUUAAUCUAAAUAUAAACUGUGAUGUCUAAGUCUAACAAAGGUUAGGGGAAGUCUCUCAAGAAAGGAAUUCAAGAACCAACGGACACUUACAAUUUUGUUGUCUCCACUGAAUUGACCUUGGCGGAAUUAUUGCGCACCAAAAACUACAAUACAAAGAGAGGAGAGAAAAGAAGAACGUAAACUGUACAUUUGACCUGACAGGUUGACUCAUAGAGCAAAUAAGUGAGAGUGCGUUCUCAAAAUUUAUGCAUUAUAUUACAUUAAAAAAGAGGUGCCCUGAUCCGUCAGAAUAAACUCAUGUUUAACUUUAUUUUUUAACAAAAAUAAUAAUGCUCUGCUUUAAUGAUUUUUUAAAGAUCAACGUCUUUUUUAGCUGUUUGAGGCCUUUCCCAAAACAUUUUACCUGAAACCAGCAUGUUUUUUAAAAAUUGAACAUAACUCAAGAAUGAAUAAAAAUUCCAUUCUAAUAUAUUGAAUGCAACUGUCUGUUACUAUCGGUUAAAAUCCCCUUAACCGAUUUUAACGAAAUUUGGUAUGGCACACUUUUUAGCCCACAAAUCAAAGAAUUAAAAAAAAAUUGAAAGUUUUCAUACUAAAUGCCUGAACCAUUGGCUAAUCUAAUUAAAGGCUGGUUUGUCAGCUGUUUACUUGUUGAGUAAUUUAUACAAAAAAAAACUUGAUUUAAUACUAGCUGCUUUAAAUACGUUUCAAGGAUAACAUCUAUUUCGUUAGAGGCACUUGCUAUUUAUGUUAACGAUCCACUAGGUUUCCUUUGUUAUAUUUUUUUGAUGAAAUUGUGCAUAAUUUAUAUUUUAUCAUUUCUAUUGUUUACUUUGGUCUAAUUUGACACGGUUUGUGUGCCACAAACUUCCACACGUGUUUUGUUAUCAUUUUGUAUCGCAUGUGAUAUAAGAAAUUCCUUAGCAGUUCUGUGAGUACUUAAGGUAUGUAGAUUUAUAGGAAGGUAAGGCCUUAAAAUCACGACAAGUAAUUAUAGAAUAAUUUAUAUUUAAUAUUAUAUAAGUUGUUGCUGAGAAUGUUGUCAUUUUUAAUAUCGCUCUUUAUUUUGUUUUAUCGUAUUAAGUGCUAUUUUGUAGUCUGAAUUUAUAUAAGGUUAUGGAUGUUAUGACUAAUUAUUAUUAUUAUUCUGUAUAUUUGAUCCAAACAUUGAUAGUACUACUAACGUGAUCAUUAAUGCAUUAUACUGAGCUUGCUAAUAAGUUCAUGUCAAAAUCAGUCCUGUAAUUACAUAUUUCUAAAUACAUAUGCUAAAACGUUUAUUCGAAUUUUUACUGAUGAAUUUUCACCCAAACUGUAUUGGCGACAUUCGUUCUUGAAAGAAAACCUGUUUAUGUUAAACAAAUUGAGCCCACCAAUCACAUUUUUUUGGCUUAAGAUUAGUUCUAUUUCUGGGGUUUUUCAAUAUACAUAUUUUAAGUAAGUAUGAAUAAAUAAAUGCUUAUUUCUUGAAGUCUUGAUUUGCUUGUACGUAAUGUUCAAACAGGAAAGGAAUACAAAAUUCGUGCCAUUUAUAUUUUGUUUGUACAUUGAGAAUAUUAUAAUAAGUCAACUAAGGACUAGUAAUGUGAUUGAGGCGUUUUGGUCUGUUAUGUGAUUUGCACAUUCCAUGUUUGUAUGCAAACUGUACAUACAACGUUAUGAAUGACCUCAUUGGGUUGUAUUGUCCGAUUGGAGCCUAAAUAGUUCUAACGGUAAAUAAUAUGAAUAUGAAUGAGCACAAAAACGUCCUUACAGAUUACUUUAGGCAUUAGUUACGGCGAAAUUUAAUUCUAAAUUGCAUUAUUUUCUCAAACUGCCAUAAAUAUGUUGCUGUCAAAUCAUGGUAAGAUCGCAAGGCGUGACCAUAUUAUUGUCUUCUAAAACUUUUGUUGCAUGUCGUCAACAUUAUAAAUAUGUGGCCCGACAUCCAUUUCAGCUAUCAGAUGAAUGACGUGAAAAAAUUAUCACGUUCUAUAUCAAUAGUCUGAUUUGCUAAACGCGUCGCCCAUCGCCGAUUUGAUGGGUACCAGACAAAAUAAAAUUGCUACAUGUAUGAAGACUCUUCAACUCACUAAAGAAAAAUUUUUCUAACAUGUUAUUUUAUGCAUAGUCUGGAUGCAUCAUUAAAAUUAAAAUAACAGCAAUAAUAAUUAAAUUUGCUAAUUGAAAUCCGGUCGUUGUCGGAUGAUCUGUUGCACCCCUUUACUUUUAAUACGUAUGAAAUACAUAAGUGACACCGAGAGCCAUAUUUAAUUAGUAGUAAUAUAUUUUUGUAUUUGUACAAAUGUAUGUCCAGAAUAAGUCCGCAACAAUGUACCUUUUUGUAAAACAUAUCUUCUUGAUUUGUUUCAUUGUACAAUAUUAACGAACAUUUAUUUACAUUUAAAUUGUAAUGAUUAGUUAUAAAUUAAAAUAGUAUCGAUUAUGUGUAUAAGUGUAUGUAUAUGCGAGAUUUGUAAUGAGGUUGUGUUGUACCAUCCAACAUUUACAUGUUUUGUUAUUUCGUUGUAUUGCUAUUUUGUAAAAUUACCCUUAAAAGUGUAAUGAACUAUUGAAUUUGUAUCGAAAAUAUUUGUGGUCCUAGUAGGCCCAAAACAUUUUCCCUUUAGAGGCAAUAAUGCGCUUCGGACAGUUAUUUGUUAUCAGUUAUUCACAAGUUCGUAACAGUCCGGUGCUAAUUUUUUUUUAUCGAUCUUUGUUUGAUUUUCCUAAAGAAAAACUUUUUCACUAUACAUUUGUGACCACAAAUAUUUCCGGUUGUAUUUUUUAAAAUCGCUACUAAUAAUACUAAUGUGAAUAACUAAUAACAAUUAUGUUAAAUUAUGUUAUAAAGAUAUUGUAACUUUAGAACAUUGUAAAUAUCGGAUUGUCGCAGACUUUUUCUUUUGUUACAAAUAAAUAAAAUGUAUUGAAAGUUACGUAGCAGUUUACAUCGGUUUAAAAUAUUUAAAAAUGCUUAGUAUUGCUUGGAGGUUGUAGCUUGAAUUGUGAUAAAUCGCCUAACGCAUAGAAACUCGUUAAUUUGGAAAAAAAUCAAUGGCUUUAAUAGUGCACAAAUGUCACAUAAUGAACAUUUAUAGAAUUUUUAUUAUGCAAAACUAAUGCUUUUAAUAUGUAAUAUCAAAGAAAUUAAAUAUUCACACACAUAUAUUUAUAUAUAAUAUAGGUAGUACAAAAUAAUAUUGCGUCAGUAUAUAGUUACAUAAUUUUGGGUAUUUAAAAUGAUAAAAAAUGUUUCGUAUUCCAGGGGGUUGUAAGAUUACCUGUGUCGUUAAAAUUAACAACCUUAUUACUUUGACGUUAUGAACUCGUUUGUAAAAUCUAAUAACAUCUAAUGCGAAAAUGUUGUGCCAUAAUAAUUAGAACCUGAUACGUUGUUAUACUGGAAAGUCUAUACUCUUUGGGAUAUUAAACCUUUGUGUCAAAAGAAAGUUACAUAUUUUGUUUUAAAAUUAAUAUUAUUUUUUAUAAUAUUGUCAUUCUAAUUUUCCGUUGAGAUCUCAAAUUUUUCAUUUUGCUAAGCAUUUUUGUACCAAAAAAAAUUAUCCAUACCAUAAUAAUUAAUUAUUAUGCUUUGAUAAACUGUACUUUUGUUAUUUACACUUCGUAGAUAUGAGGAGUUUAUUAUAUGUAAACUCGCGAACUUUAUAUCUUAUUUCACGACACUAUUUUUUACUUUUUGCCAUAAAUCAUAACCGCUGUUAAUUAUUAUCAAUAAUAACUCGAUAAUAAUCUUCAACAGCUUUUUUUAUUUAAUAAAUCAUGUAGGAACACACAUU